CACGUCUUUCUUGUCUCCCUUUUGAACUCACAUGGGGUUGAGGUAUAUGACCAGUCACGUCAACUGUUUCAACAUUUUCUUUGUACGUUUUGGAAGCGCCACCUAAACGCAACCCCAAAACUCAAGGCGUCCAAUGAUAUCGCUAUUGUACCUGUCUUAUCCUGGAGCUGCAAAGUAACUUGUGUGUGAUCAGUCAAGUCCAAGCUUUUGGCUGAUACAUUAUCACGUGAAGGCAUGGGAAUUUGAGUUUAGCAAGCUCGAAAGCUAUGGGAAUGAGUUGGUGGUGCACGUUUUACCAGUUUCCAUCCACAAAGAGGUUGAAGAAAUGCCAGAAUUGGAUCCAGACGGCAUCGCAGCAGCUCUCCUCGCUCAUUAUGAGCUUUUGAUUGGGAUGCGACAUCUUCCGCGGUCGCGGCUCAAGCUCCCACCUCACCCCAUUGACGAAAACUUUGCCCGAUCCCAAGGCCUUUCUGACAAUGUUAUAUCACUUCUCAAACGUCUUCCCUACAUUGACAUGUCCCAGCCCGGGCAUGCAUCAACUGUAAUAAUGUAUCAGACCUUCCCAGUCGAUUACACCACGCUGGGCGGCAUCUGGAACUCACGUGAUCCUUUGUCUCUCCGCAUCAGCGAAGCUGACGACGAAGUCCCCGCAUAUGUCAACCCAUGGGAGACUCUGCUUGCGCAAGCAUUCCGCGAAGGCGAGAACUGGAUGCUCGAUUGCUGUCAAUAUACCUCCAGGGGGCAUCGAAAAGGUGAUGCAGUCGAGGUCAUUCGACAAAUGACUGACUCGUUGCGAAGUCUCGAGUAUACACCCAUCAACAUAUCUGAGAUAGCUCCCACGCCGAAGCAGCUUCCUAUUGCUGGUUUGACGGCACAGGACGCUGAUUAUUUUCUAUAUGCCAUCAAGGCGCUCUAUUUGGAUUGUGGAUGGCCGAAUAAUUUUAGAGGCGAAGAAUUUACAGCCAGAAAAACCGUUCUUGAGCGCGAAGCAGCCAAUCAAAUGAACUAAGUAGAAGAAACACUGCACGAGAAUGGACGCGCCAGAGUAUUGCGUCUUGUUUCUACAGUGGCAAUACUGGGGUAGCAGGAUGAAAUGACUGCUCUUUGUUUAAUUGCAGACCCUCAUUGUUCUGGAUAGGUGGGUCUCGUCGACAUCCUAGUUUGAGGC